CGUCGCUCUGGAACUCAUGCAAAGCGGCCUUUGUGCUUAUAGCUCGUCCACCUUGCCCCUUCUAUAUCGCCUCUGCCUACAAUUCAUAUGAGUGCCGCCAGUGAUUCUGGUGCUGAGCGAACGAUUGACGAGGCGACGGCCUUGGCAAGGCUGCUCGAGGUCUCCCGGAUCGUACUCCAACAGGCCGUCGAUCUUGUGGCCAGCUCAUUGAGUACAAACGAGCAACUCACCUAUACAUCCAAAUUCAUACCUGGGUCUACGAUAGGCAAACAUCUAAGACACGCAAGAGAUCACUUCGUCCUUCUCAUGGAUGCUAUCGCUUCGCCUCCACCUCAUGUUCUCAAUUACGACUCCAGAUCUCGUAACACGCCCAUGGAGAGUAGCCGAGAAGCCGCUCUGGAAGCAUUGAUAACCACCAUAGGCAGGCUGGAGAGGGUUGUCCCGACUUCCAGAAUGGACGAACAGAUAACCCUGCAUGCGGUUACGCCCUACCCUCAAAUAAUGCAAACAACGUUUGGGAGAGAGUUGUGGUUCACUGGCCUACAUGCGAUCCAUCAUUGGUCCAUGGUCCGUGUUAUUUCCGGUGAACUAGGCAUUCAGUUGGAGCCCUCAUUCGGGUUUGCACCGUCAACGCUGGUUUACAACGGCUCCCAUGCUCCGCUGGGCAAGCCAAAGAUGUAGUAGUAAUGAUUUCUUCUGUCGUAAUGCCCGGCCUUGCUCGUCUAGCGCUAUACGUUUGCUAUCGGAUUGUUGUUCUCCAUAGUGCCCUCGCGACAAGGAAACUAUUCAAUGUCAUUGCAGGGAAUGCGUUGACAAUGAGUUGCAAAGGAGUCCCUUCGAGUAGUAACAGAUGACAAAGGUGUAUCUAGCGCCUUUCCUCCAUCUUGAUAUAUGUGCCAAAC